CCAGAAUGGUCGGAAAGAACUCCAGCAUAGGACCCAGAGGGCUUGAUUAGUGUGGACGGGCACGUCGCUGUGCUUGGAGUCAUGGCAGUGCCUUUUGUGGAAGACUGGGAUUUGGUGCAAACUUUGGGAGAAGGUGCCUAUGGAGAAGUUCAGCUUGCCGUGAACAGAAUAACCGGAGAAGCUGUGGCAGUGAAAAUUGUAGACAUGAAGCGGGCCAUAGACUGUCCAGAAAGUAUUAAGAAGGAGAUCUGCAUUAGUAAGAUGCUAAACCAUGAGAAUGUGGUGCGAUUCUACGGCCACAGGAGGGAAGGCACCGUCCAGUACCUGUUCCUCGAGUACUGUAGUGGAGGAGAGCUCUUUGACAGAAUAGAGCCAGACAUAGGGAUGCCUGAACAAGAUGCUCAGAGGUUUUUCCACCAACUCAUGGCAGGGGUGGUCUAUCUUCAUGGAAUUGGAAUAACUCACAGGGAUAUUAAACCAGAAAAUCUCCUCUUGGAUGAAAGGGAUAACCUCAAAAUCUCUGACUUUGGCUUGGCCACAGUGUUUCGGCAUAAUAAUCGUGAACGAUUACUGAACAAGAUGUGUGGGACCUUACCUUACGUUGCUCCCGAGCUUCUAAAAAGAAAAGAAUUUCAUGCAGAACCAGUCGAUGUUUGGUCCUGUGGAAUAGUGCUUACUGCAAUGUUGGCUGGAGAAUUGCCGUGGGACCAGCCCAGUGAUAGCUGCCAGGAGUACUCAGAUUGGAAAGAAAAAAAAACCUAUCUCAAUCCUUGGAAAAAAAUUGAUUCUGCUCCUCUGGCUUUGCUUCAUAAAAUUCUAGUUGAGAAUCCAUCAGCAAGGAUCACCAUCCCAGACAUUAAAAAAGACAGAUGGUACAACAAACCGCUUAACAGAGGAGCAAAGAGGCCACGUGCCACUUCAGGUGGUAUGUCAGAGUCUUCUAGUGGAUUCUCUAAACACAUUCAUUCCAAUUUGGACUUUUCUCCAAUAAAUAGUGGUUCCAGUGAAGAAAACGUGAAGUUCUCUAGUUCCCAGCCAGAGCCACGGACAGGGCUUUCCUUGUGGGACACUGGUCCCUCGAAUGUGGACAAACUGGUACAGGGCAUCAGUUUUUCCCAGCCUACGUGUCCUGAUCAUAUGUUUGUAAACAGUCAGUUACUUGGUACCCCUGGAUCUUCACAGAACCCCUGGCAGCGCUUGGUCAAAAGGAUGACACGAUUCUUUACUAAAUUGGAUGCAGACAAAUCUUACCAAUGCCUGAAAGAGACCUUUGAGAAGUUGGGCUAUCAGUGGAAGAAGAGUUGUAUGAAUCAGGUUACUGUGUCAACAACUGACAGAAGAAACAAUAAAUUGAUUUUCAAAAUAAAUUUGGUAGAAAUGGAUGAGAAGAUACUGGUUGACUUCCGGCUUUCUAAGGGUGAUGGACUGGAGUUCAAGAGACACUUCCUGAAGAUUAAAGGGAAGCUCAGUGAUGUCGUGAGCAGCCAGAAGGUUUGGUUUCCUGUGACCUGAUGAAGCUGUCCGCUCUGCACAUUCCUGGUGAAUAUAGUGCUGCUAUGUGACACUUUUCUUCCUAGAGAAGAUUAUCCUAGUCUGCAAACUGCAAACAGUAGUUGUUGAAGAGUUCUCUUCCCAUUACCUACAUAUCUUUCAAUUCUUAGCUCUUUGCAUACAGAUACUACUGUAUUUUAAUUGUAUGUAAUACUUUGGGGAAAGGAUGGGUCAAAUUCAUUAGUUAUUUCUCCAGCCGUGUUUAAAUUAUCUGGGUUUGAAACCAAGUUUUGGGAUACUUGAGUUUGCCAGCUUCUAUACCAAUGGAGUAUCACUUUUGAAAAAUCAAAAGUUGGUUUCAUCCCAAGCAAAAUGCUUCUCUGCCUAUUUAAUUGUAAGGAUGAAUAAACACAGACCAUGUACAGUUGAUUGGUUCAUGAGUGAGGCCAGCCACAAGAAGUGUAUCUUAGUGUACAUACUAUAUUUUCAGCUUGGGUGUAUGUGCUGCACAAGGGCUUGACCGAUUAUAAAACUGUUUUUGAGUUAUGCUGAAAACGGCAAGUUUUCCUCCCAGUAUACCUAGUCAAAUAUAAAGCCUCAUUGGGUUGGAUUUUCACGGAGUUGUGCAUAAGCUCUAGUGCCUAAGUGACUUUAAAAAUUACACAGUUAAACAGUUUCUCCUACAUUCACAGCCAUAUCUUAACUACUCUGGAAAUAAACUGUUUUCAAAAAUCAAUAUCUAAUUCUGAUCUUAUUGGCCACCAGGUUUCUCAAGGACACUGACUGAUAGGGGACAGGGGAGAAAGGAAGUGCAGGGGUUGGCCUGAUCCUUGUUCCUCACCUUGUACACUCACUAGAACUUUGUCCAUAAAAUUUAUAUUAAAAUAUGAAUAUA